GGCUCUUUCACUGCUCGAGCAUCUGGCAUUCUGGCAACUCUGUCGAGAAUAGCUAUCCUGGUAACUAUGGACUACAAAACCGGGCCCUUAAUGCUGAGUUAACUGCAGUUAACUGUAAUAGUGGACGAAAAAACCGUAUCUAUAAUAUAUUCGACAAACUGGACGCAAUGUAUCAAAAUAUAUCAAACUUACUUAGUAUAGUAACGAUUGGUGCCUGUUUCGUACAAAAAAUACCUCAAAUUUUGAUAUUGAAAAAAAAAAAAAAAACUAAUGGAAUAUCCCUAACAAGUCUUUUACUGGAUCUAUUCAGCUACACCGUGAUGACAAGCUAUAAUUAUAUUAACCAAUAUUCAUUAUUAUCAUAUAUGGAAUAUCCCGUCAUUUUGUUCGAACAGAUGAUCUUUUUAUAUUUCGUUUUAAAGUGUGAUGACCGAAUUGAUGCUUUUGCGGUUGUUGCUGCUUUCUGCUACCUUCUAUUCACUGUCUGCCUCAUAACGGAAAGAAUACCAGCAAUUGUUUUGACAUUUUUGAUCCCCAUGUGUACACCCAUUUCUGCAUCCAGUAAAAUAGUUCAACUAAUCGCGAUAAUUCAGACGAAAAAUGGAACAUCAAUUUCCCUUUUGACGUGGCUUCUUUCUGCAUUCACAAACAUUACGAGAAUUUUCACAAUUUGGAUAGACUCAUCUGACAUUCUUCUUCUUGCAAAUUAUACAGUUUCUGCUGUAUUGAGUUCAACUAUAAUGUUUUUUGCUCAGUAUUAUAAAAGACAAACCAAAGUUGAUUAAUUAUAAGACAUUCAUUAUAAUCGAUUGUAUAAUUACACGACAGUCUUUAGAGAUAACUGAUAGUUUGAAAGCUAUGCCCAGAUGGAAAUAGGUUAACAAUUUUCAAUAAAAUUUGUUGCUUUGAUGAUGUAUUUUUUCUUGAAAAAAAAUGAAAAUUCA